UCCACAAACCAACGGGUGACGUCACGAUGACUACGUCCACUUCUUACAUACAGUCUGUGGUUGGUGGUCCAUAAGCGACUGUAAUUCAAAGUCGCUGUACUGUUCAGAAACAUCACAACAAUGAUGACGUCGAAAAGAAAAGGCUGCAAAAAUAACUUACAGAUCAUUACUUUAAAGGAAUAAAUCUUCCCUCUUCAGCUUUCAGGGAAUAACUGGACUACAGAUCAAACACACACACACAGACACAAACACACAAACACACACACACCAUCAUCAUAAGCAAACUGCUUGUUCAGCCAGUGUUCAGUCCAUUCAUACAGGAUAAGUAGCAGUAACGUAAUAAAGCCUGAUGGAGCUUUACACAGAGCUUAGCCUGGUCCUCUAAUAAUGUUUGGUACGGUCUAAUUCCUGGUUAAUGUAGCCCGGCAGAGGAGAAAUAAUCACCUCAUUGUAGAGCCGGCAGGUUCACUUUCAGCAAUUCUGUGUCACUGCAGAUGUGUGCGUUACCUGAGCUAACAAGACAAAACUCAGUGAUUAGAUUUUAUUUAUUACGCACAGCUGAUUUUAAUGUGUGUGUGUGUGUGUGCGCGUGUGUGUGUGUGUGUGUGUGUGUGUGUGUGCGCAUUUUGUCUCCACAGCUUCGUCCUGGUGUUUGGAUGUCUGGUUCUCUCUGUGUUUUCCACCAUCCCUGCUCACCAGGAAUUCUCUGCACACUGCCUGCUCAUCUUGGUAGAGUUUGUGAUGAUCGUAGUGUUUGGUCUGGAGUACAUCAUCAGGAUAUGGAGCGCAGGCUGCUGCUGCCGCUACCGAGGCUGGCAGGGACGCCUCCGCUUCGCCAGGAAACCGUUCUGUGUCAUAGACAUCAUCGUUCUCAUCGCCUCGGUUGCUGUGGUUUCAGCCGGUAGCCAGGGUAACAUCUUUGCCACGUCGGCGCUGCGUAGCCUUCGCUUCCUGCAGAUCCUGCGCAUGGUGCGCAUGGACCGCCGGGGAGGGACCUGGAAGCUGCUGGGAUCUGUAGUUUAUGCACAUAGUAAGGAGCUGGUGACGGCCUGGUACAUCGGGUUCCUGGUGCUGAUCUUCUCCUCUUUCUUGGUUUAUCUGGUGGAGAAAGAAUUCAACAAGGAGUUCGCCACCUACGCCGACGCCCUGUGGUGGGGCACGAUCACCCUCACAACCAUCGGCUACGGUGACAAAACCCCCCAGACGUGGACGGGACGCUUGUUAUCCGCCGGUUUUGCUCUGCUGGGGAUCUCCUUCUUCGCUCUGCCAGCGGGCAUCCUCGGGUCAGGCUUUGCCCUGAAAGUGCAGGAGCAGCAUCGACAGAAGCACUUUGAAAAGAGGAGGAACCCAGCUGCCAGCCUCAUCCAGUGUGUCUGGCGUAGUUAUGCUGCUGAUGAGAACUCGGUUUCCAUUGCUACCUGGAAGCCUCAUUUGAAGGCAUUGCAUACCUGCAGCCCCACCAAGAAAGAGCAAGGAGAGACCACUUACAGCCAGAAGUUGAGUUUUAAGGAGCGGGUCCGGAUGGCGAGUCCCCGCGGUCAGAGCAUGAAGAGCAGGCAGACGUCCGUCAACGACCGCCAGCGCUCUUCCCCCGGCAACGAGGUGGCGGGCGGCGGCGGCGAGCUGAUGGGCGGGAGUCCGGCCAAAGUGCAGAAGAGCUGGAGCUUCAACGACCGGACUCGGUUCAGGCCGUCGCUGAAGCUGAAGAGCCAGACCCGCACUGCCGUCUCAGAUGUGGACGCAGGCAUGACCACGGAGGACUCCUUUGACGAGAGAGGCUGCCAUUGUGACGUUACGGUGGAGGACCUGUCGGCUCCGCUCAAGGCCGUCAUCAGGGCUGUCAGGAUCAUGAAGUUCCACGUGGCGAAAAAGAAGUUCAAGGAGACGUUGCGUCCGUACGAUGUGAAGGAUGUGAUAGAGCAGUACUCUGCAGGACACCUGGACAUGCUCUGUCGCAUCAAGAGCCUUCAGACCAGACUAGAUACUGUAGUGGGUCCCCCUCCGAGGCCCUUCAGCAGCCGCGCCAAGACCGUUUCCUCUCCCUCCCUGCAUUUAUAUUACAGCCAGGCCCGGAGGAAACAGUCUGCACCGGGACUGGCCAGUGCAGCAGGCUCUGGUCCCAGCCUGAGUAGCCGACCCAGGAACAUGUCCUCUCCUGCGCUGCACUAUUAUUACAACAACCACAGGAAGAAGCUCCCUGUCUCAGGGGUGGAUCAGAUUCUGGGAAAAGGCCAGAUUCCUGUGGAUAAGAAGAUGAGGGACAAACUGCACCCAGACGGAGAUUCUCUGGAGGGCAUGAGCAUGCUGGGCCGUGUGUGUAAGGUGGAGAGACAGGUGACUUCCAUUGAAUCAAAGUUGGACUCUUUGCUGGACAUUUACCGUCAAGUCCUGCAGAAAGGCCCCACGGGGCUCACCCUCUCCUCCCUGCCCCUGUUCGAGCUGGACAACGACCACCAGCACAGCCACUCUGACUAUCAGACCUCCAUCAUCAGGGAUGGAGGGGAUCCAGUGGGGGGCGGCGGCGGAGACGGCAACGGGGGAAUACGUCGUUCUCUCAACACCAACCACAGAGGCCUGCGUCUCAUCCUGGCGCCCGCCGACGACGACUGCCCUCCCGACUCUGCACCUCCAUCCUACCCCCCGUCCACGGCCUCGCUCUCCCCGUCACCCCUGCUGCCUCCCGAUAGCCCCUACCCAACCUUGGUCACCCCCAUUUGUACCUCCAAAAGAGCACACUUCCCCGACCUGCUGCCCCCGCCUCCCUCGACGGGUGGUUUCACCCUGCGGCUGCCCCCCAUGGUGCACCCGUCCCACCUCCGAUGCUCCGCUGAGCCCGUCCCAGAUGAUGUGAGAGUUGAGGGGAGCCUGGGCCCCUCUGUUGUUGUAGAAUCCAGUCUGGAUGCCCACCAGGAAGCGGACAGCGAGGCGGGCCCCGCCCAGAGAGGGGUGCUGCUGCGGGAGAAGACUGGUAUGAAAUCUGAGGGGGUCUGGAGGAGGCCCAUGAGCCUGGAGGUUAACCCGCUGCUGCUGCUCUCGUCCAGCCCAGACGACAGCUCUUCAGACUGGGGAGGAGGUCUCGGGAAGUCCCUCUCCGUGCACAACCUCAGCCAGCCUUUGAUCGGCCUCAACAGCAGCAGCGGCGGCGGCAACGGUAGCAAACGUGGCAACGCCCACAGUGACCUCAGCGACUGGGACGGGACAGAACUCUUCAUUAGGAAGUGCAAGCUGGAGCCAGAGGGAGAACAUUUCAACUUCCUGUCCCAGGGACCCGACAGCAGCCCCUCAGACCUCUUACAGACUGCGGGGGAGUCUGCUCCUCACCCCAAGGGAAACGCAGAGUUUCUCAGUCAGCCCCCACACAUACAGCUGGCAUAACCACACACACACACACACACACACAUUCGCAUACUGUAUGUACACAUCAUCAUUGGGGAAACCACUUUUACAGUAUUUCUACUGGACACUACACAGAUUAUUUUGCGUGUGUCCAGUCAAUGCCUCGUACAUGGACAUACAAUGUUUUUAUAAUUUGUCCAACAUGAUUGUGACCACUUUUUUACAGGGUCCUAAAAUUACCAUAAAUUAUGGGGACGUAUGAAAAAUAUGCAUGAAAGUGGGCAUUUUCACGUAAAACAGAAUACGCAAAAAUAUACAAAUACAAAAAAAAAUUCCUUUAAGAGUAAUUGCUUUGAUGUUAUUGGAUUUUUGCACACAAAAAAAGUUUGUUUCAUAUCGAUCAUAUUUUAAUCAUAUAUUAGUAAAAAUAGAUGGUGAUCAAAUGUAUUAAAUAAAGAACAAGGAAGGUUAACUGAUUUCUGAGCCUAGAAGCAAAUCAGAUAAUUUGAUUCACCAAAAAAACAAACUGAUGUUAACUUUCUUUUUAAAAUAGUUUAGUCCAACUUAUUAAGUCUGAACAUAAACCCAAACCAAAGAAGCCAGUUUGGGCAGAAACAAGCAUGAGUGUUCGUCGUAUAAAUUAAAGAACACCUUGACGAGUACUCGAGUGGAUAAAUACUGUAUGAUUGUCUCACAGCCGAAAAAAAGGUGCAAGUUACAAGAAUGUAGUUAAACCUCAAACAAGCCACUGGAAACUAAAGUUCAACCACUAGUUUCUUAACAUGCAGUGAAACCAGUAGCGCACACACACACACACACACACAAGUAUAUACACACACACACACUGCUCACUCUCUUUGUUCAAUGUCUGUCUUUGGGGAUGUAAAAAUGUCAUCUUUUUACUUUCAUACAUAUCACUGCAUGGACUGUUCCCCCAAAAACACACGAAUGAGAGGAGAGUCCAGCGCCUGGUGUGAUGGGAAAAGCUGUUAAAACCCUCAGCAUGUAAUCAGACUACACUCAUCUGUCAGCAAGUUGUCA